AUGUACCCUGGAGCCUGCCGGCCCCUGAUUAAAUGCAGUGGGGUCAAGCAGGUGCCUGGGAGCCGACGUUUGCAGAGGCCCUCUGUCCCCUGGCGGCUGUGGGUCCUCGGUCAGGUGCGGUCGUCAGGUGACUGUGAGGCAUUCGGAAUUCCAGCCGAGCUUCCAUCCGAAACCAAAUACAGGAGAGGCAGGAGUGGGAUGGUGGAGACUGAACUUGGACCCUCCGAGGUUCUCAGGUUGAAGGAUGAUGCGGUGAGGUCCAAGCCCACCCAGCUCGAGGCUGCUGAAGGAUGCGUGGUGUCCAGCUGCGUGGACAUGGGUAUGCUUUGCAAGAAAUACUGGAAACUACGAUUCGCUGUAGAGAGAAAGCAGGCUGAGUGGGAGGAUUGGGCCAGUUAUCCCCGGAGCAGACCUAAGCCCCAGCGGAGGAACAGCUCCCAUCCCUACCAGCCCGAGGCAACAGGGGCUCUUCCAGCUGCGUGGCUGCCUCCGCGGCCCCGGAAAGGGUUCAAAAGGCUGAGCCGCGCGCCCCAGCCCCACCACGUCGCACAAAAGGACAUAUUGAUUGGCCACCUGGACACAGCUGGAUGGACUGGCGUGAGGCUGCCCCUCCCUCGGCAUCUCCCCGCCCCGGGAAUCAACAAGCAGUACAACAGUAACCGGGGCUUUGGCGAUGCUGAGUGCGGUUGGCAGAGCCAGGCUGGCAGAGAGCUGCAGGAAAAGCUGUGUCUCUCUGCGGCCUCCCUCGCGCUCAGGGCAGCUGACUUGGAGAAUCCAGGGGCCGACCCAGCCUGCAGCGAGCAGGAGACGGCGGGCAGAGGGCCCCCUCCUCAUCCCGGUGGCAUCACGGACUGCCUUCCCGGUUCUGCCGAAAGGAGGGAGUAG